CUAACCCUCGUACAAUUCACCUUUACCCUUAAUUCGUUUAUCCUUCUCAGUUCGGCUGAGUGUAUCCAUCUCCUUGAUUCCGCCCCUUCCAUUCGCCCUCAUCAACCUACUGAAGAAAGGUUUGCCGUGGCUGCCGCCUUCGCAUCAACUGGUUCUUGCCCUGUCGGCGUUCUCCAAUUUUGUUCCCUCACCGUCGUUCUGACCCUUCUCCAGUUUGGUCUUGCACAUCCGAUGCCCCUGUCCUCUGCAUCUGAUGGGGAAGCACCGAGAUGCAUUCCCCCCACUGUCGGUAGAUACCAGUUCCAAGCUCUGUGUACUCGGAUAGAGCUCUUAUCCCAGCCAAUAUCUCAGAGUCGCUGAUGUAGAUUCCAAUACUAGUCAUUUUGGAAGACGAAUGCCAUCAAUUCGAUAGAGAAGAAGGUUAAGCAUGCUCAUACCUUGUAGGCAUGGGCAUCUAGUGGAAGGUCAGAGUAAGCUUCUCCAGGUACAAAAACUUGCCAGACGUGGAAUGGGCUUCACUUGGUGGAUUUUGUGAUGCCCUUCUUUCUUUUCGUCUUUGUUAUCUCAAUUGGCCUUGUCUACAAGGUAGAUUUCCCAAUAGUAAAGUUUCUAUUUUUCAGACUUGAAAGUUGAAAUGAUAGGGAAAGAGGGAGUGUCGGUGUUAAAAUGCUUUGCUUCCAUUGUUGUUUCACUGAAAGAUCCAAACAGACCAGAAGGUAGUGGGCAGAGCCGCCAAAUUGUUCCUGUUGGGUAUUUUUCUACAAGGAGGUUUCCUUCAUGGGUUGAACUCACUCACCUACAGUGUUUACUUGUAAAGAAUACGUCUGCUUGGAAUUGUGCAGUUGGUGCUCUUUGUGAGAUCUGGCUCUCACGCAGAACAAGGAGGGAAGUUGGAAUCUUGAAAAGCUACUACUUGCAUUGGGUUGCAGCAUUUGCUAUUAUUGCAGUGUAUCUCGGGGUAUUAUAUGGCCUAUAUGUUCUAGACUGCCAAUUUUUUGUACCUGGAGAAGCUUACUCCGACCUUCCACUAGAUGCCCAUGCCUACAUGGUAUGAGCAUGCUCAACCUUCUUCUCCAUCGAACUGUUUGGACAGUGUUGCCGUUUAUGCAAGAAAUUUUAGAACACUCGAUUCCAAUCCUGUAUAGUGUAUAUAGAUGUUGUUUUUGUUGUUGUUAGGAGAGUGUUGCUGGUUUUUUAUUGGCUCUAGUCUUUUCAAGUAUCUUAUCUGAUUUUUCUACUUACUUGAGCUUGAUAUGAGUAUUACAUGAACUGUUUCUUUCAUUUGAAUAUUAGAAAUGAGGGAUUGCUUUUCAUAGUUUCAUGUGAUUUGGAACAUUAAAGUCGAGAAUGAUGGAUAUUGUCGAAGUUGAAAAAGCUUUUUGCAGCGACUUAUGCAAAGGUAUGAAUACUUGUUUUAUCAUAUUCCAAAGGGACUAUAAUGUUUCUCAUAUUUUUCAAGUUUCGAAAAAGAAGCAAGGUAUGCAAAUAUAUGAAUUUUAGGUGGCCCCUGACUCUUGGCUGCAUGACUUUGUCUACACAAUUUGAGCUUCAUCUGCAAACCAAACAAAUAAUAUUGUCUAAUAAUUGUUAAUUGGCAGUGCAAAAGUGGUUUAUGCAUUCUUAGUAUGUCUUUUUCUAUAGCCCGCAUUAUUACAAUAGCUGUAGCAGCAGCAAGCUAGGAUGGGGAGUGGAGGAAGAAAUACAAUAGUAGCUUUAAUGAGAAGGCACCAUCAGGUAUCGGCAGACAACAAUCACCUACCAAUGAUGCAGAAGUGGCGGUGGAAGCUUCCAAUGAUACUACUGGUCAUGCUUGCUGAAGACACUCUACAUUUUGAAUUGAACAACAAUCAACACAUGUAUACAAGUUGAAGGGGCAGGGCACUUAAUUAUGUGUACUGCUACAUAGAACUAUAGGCAUUAGAACUUGUGAUUAAUAAUGUAACACCACAUUAAGAUGUUUUUAUUGAUAUUAUGAGAC